AUGUCGCAGCCACUUCCGCCGCGGCCUCACGCCAUUCCGCUGUUGCUUCCGAGACGACGUCGGCCGCCGCGUCCGCACGACUCAUCCGCCGCCACGGCAUUCCAGCCCUCCUCCCCCCUCGCUUCCUCCUCCUCAGGGCAUUCCAGCCCUCCUCCCCCCUCGCUUCCUCCUCCUCAGGGCAUUCCAGCCCUCCUCCCCCCUCGCUUCCUCCUCCUCAGGGCAUUCCGGCCCUCCUCCCCCCUCGCUUCCUCCUCCUCAGGGCAUUCCAGCCCUCCUCCCCCCUCGCUUCCUCCCCCUCAGGGCAUUCCGCCCUCCUCCCCCCUCUCUUCCUCCUCCUCAGGGCAUUCCAGCCCUCCUCCCCCCUCGCUUCCUCCUCCUCAGGGCAUUCCAGCCCUCCUCCCCCCUCGCUUCCUCCUCCUCAGGGCAUUCCAGCCCUCCUCCCCCCUCUCUUCCUCCUCAGGGCAUUCCAGCCCUCCUCCUCCCCCCUCGCUUCCUCCUCCUCCAGGCAUUCCAGCCCUCCUCCCCCCUCGCUUCCGCCUCCUAAGGGCAUUCCAGCCCUCCUCCCCCCUCGCUUCCUCCUCCUCAGGGCGUUCCAGCCCUCCUCCCCCCUCGCUUCCGCCUCCUAAGGGCAUUCCAGCCCUCCACCCCCCUCGCUUCCUCCUCCUCAGGGCAUUCCAGCCCUCCUCCCACCUCGCUUCCUCCUCCUCAGGGCAUUCUGCCCUCCUCCCCCCUCUCUUCCUCCUCCUCAGGGCAUUCCAGCCCUCGGCAUUCCGCCCUCCUCCCCCCUCUCUUCCUCCUCCUCAGGGCAGUCCAGCCCUCCUCCCCCCUCGCUUCCUCCUCCUCAGGGCAUUCCAGCCCUCCUCCCCCCUCGCUUCCUCCUCCUCAGGGCGUUCCAGCCCUCCUCCCCCCUCGCUUCCUCCUCCUCAGGGCGUUCCAGCCCUCCUCCCCCCUCGCUUCCUCCUCCUCAGGGCGUUCCAGCCCUCCUCCCCCCUCGCUUCCGCCUCCCCAGGGCAUUCCAGCCCUCCUCCCCCCUCGCUUCCUCCUCCUCAGGGCAUUCUGCCCUCCUCCCCCCUCGCUUCCUCCUCCUCAGGGCAUUCCAGCCCUCCUCCCCCCUCGCUUCCCCCUCCUCAGGGCAUUCCGCCCUCCUCCCCCCUCUCUUCCUCCUCCUCAGGGCAGUCCAGCCCUCCUCCCCCCCUCACUCCUCCUCCUCCGGGCAUUCCAGCCCUCCUCCCCCCUCGCUUCCUCCUCCUCAGGGCAUUCCAGCCCUCCUCCCCCCUCGCUUCCUCCUCCUCAGCGCAUUCCAGCCCUCCUCCCCCCUCGCUUCCUCCUCCUCAGCGCAUUCCAGCCCUCCGCCCCCCUCGCUUCCUCCUCCUCAGGGCAUUCUGCCCUCCGCCCCCCUCGCUUCCUCCUCCUCAGGGCAUUCCAGCCCUCCUCCCCCCUCGCUUCCCCCUCCUCAGGGCAUUCUGCCCUCCUCCCCCCUCUCUUCCUCCUCCUCAGGGCAGUCCAGCCCUCCUCCCCCCUCGCUCCUCCUCCUCCGGGCAUUCCAGCCCUCCUCCCCCCUCGCUUCCUCCUCCUCAGGGCAUUCCGCCCUCCGCCCCCCUCGCUUCCUCCUCCUCAGGGCAUUCCAGCCCUCCUCCCCCCUCGCUUCCUCCUCCUCAGGGCAUUCCAGCCCUCCUCCCCCCUCGCUUCCUCCUCCUCAGGGCAUUCCAGCCCUCCUCCCCCCUCUCUUCCUCCUCAGGGCAUUCCAGCCCUCCUCCUCCCCCCUCGCUUCCUCCUCCUCCAGGCAUUCCAGCCCUCCUCCCCCCUUGCUUCCGCCUCCUAAGGGCAUUCCAGCCCUCCUCCCCCCUCGCUUCCUCCUCCUCAGGGCGUUCCAGCCCUCCUCCCCCCUCGCUUCCGCCUCCUAAGGGCAUUCCAGCCCUCCACCCCCCUCGCUUCCUCCUCCUCAGGGCAUUCCAGCCCUCCUCCCACCUCGCUUCCUCCUCCUCAGGGCAUUCUGCCCUCCUCCCCCCUCUCUUCCUCCUCCUCAGGGCAUUCCAGCCCUCCUCCCCCCUCGCUUCCCCCUCCUCAGGGCAUUCCGCCCUCCUCCCCCCUCUCUUCCUCCUCCUCAGGGCAGUCCAGCCCUCCUCCCCCCUCGCUCCUCCUCCUCAGGGCAUUCCAGCCCUCCUCCCCCCUCGCUUCCGCCUCCUCAGGGCAUUCCAGCCCUCCUCCCCCCUCGCUUCCUCCUCCUCAGGGCGUUCCAGCCCUCCUCCCCCCUCGCUUCCGCCUCCCCAGGGCAUUCCAGCCCUCCGCCCCCCUCGCUUCCUCCUCCUCAGGGCAUUCUGCCCUCCUCCCCCCUCGCUUCCUCCUCCUCAGGGCAUUCCAGCCCUCCUCCCCCCUCGCUUCCCCCUCCUCAGGGCAUUCCGCCCUCCUCCCCCCUCUCUUCCUCCUCCUCAGGGCAGUCCAGCCCUCCUCCCCCCCUCACUCCUCCUCCUCCGGGCAUUCCAGCCCUCCUCCCCCCUCGCUUCCUCCUCCUCAGGGCAUUCCAGCCCUCCUCCCCCCUCGCUUCCUCCUCCUCAGGGCAUUCCAGCCCUCCUCCCCCCUCGCUUCCUCCUCCUCAGGGCAUUCCAGCCCUCCUCCCCCCUCGCUUCCUCCUCCUCAGGGCAUUCCAGCCCUCCUCCCCCCUCGCUUCCUCCUCCUAAGGGCAUUCCCGCCCUCCUCCCCCCCUCGCUUCCUCGUCCUCAGGGCAUUCCGCCCUCCUCCCCCCCUCGCUUCCUCCUCCUCAGGGCAUUCCAGCCCUCCUCCCCCCUCUCUUCCUCCUCAGGGCAUUCCGCCCUCCUCCCCCCUCUCUUCCUCCUCCUCAGGGCAGUCCAGCCCUCCUCCCCCCUCGCUCCUCCUCCUCCGGGCAUUCCAGCCCUCCUCCCCCCUUGCUUCCUCCUCCUCAGGGCAUUCCGCCCUCCGCCCCCCUCGCUUCCUCCUCCUCAGGGCAUUCCAGCCCUCCUCCCCCCUCGCUUCCUCCUCCUCAGGGCAUUCCAGCCCUCCUCCCCCCCUCGCUUCCUCCUCCUCAGGGCAUUCCAGCCCUCCACCCCCCUCGCUUCCUCCUCCUCAGGGCAUUCCGCCCUCCGCCCCCCCUCGCUUCCUCCUCCUCCGGGCAUUCCAGCCCACCUCCCCCUCGCUUCCUCCUCCUCCGGGCCUUCCAGCCCUCUCCCUCGUUGGGCCGCAGCACCUUGGGCUGGCUUGCCUCCUCACCUGCAGCAGCCCCCCUCCCGGCUGGCGUGCGACAUCACCGCCGCAGCACCUUGGGCUGGCUUGCCUCCUCACCUGCAGCAGCCCCCCUCCCGGCUGGCGUGCGACAUCACCGCCGCAGCACCUUGGGCUGGCUUGCCUCCUCACCUGCAGCAGCCCCCCUCCCGGCUGGCGUGCGACAUCACCGCCGCAGCACCUUGGGCUGGCUUGCCUCCUCACCUGCAGCAGCCUCCCUCCCGGCUGGCGUGCGACAUCACCGCCGCAGCACCUUGGGCUGGCUUGCCUCCUCACCUGCAGCAGCCCCCCUCCCGGCUGGCGUGCGACAUCACCGCCGCAGCACCUUGGGCUGGCUUGCCUCCUCACCUGCAGCAGCCCCCCUCCCGGCUGGCGUGCGACGUCACCGCCGCAGCACCUUGGGCUGGCUUGCCUCCUCACCUGCAGCAGCCCCCCUCCCGGCUGGCGUGCGACAUCACCGCCGCAGCAGCUUGGGCUGACUUGCCUCCUCACCUGCAGCAGCCCCCCUCCCGGCUGGCGUGCGACAUCACCGCCGCAGCACCUUGGGCUGGCUUGCCUCCUCACCUGCAGCAGCCCCCCUCCCGGCUGGCGUGCGACAUCAUCGCCGCAGCACCUUGGGCUGGCUUGCCUCCUCACCUGCAGCAGCCCCCCUCCCGGCUGGCGUGCGACAUCACCGCCGCAGCACCUUGGGCUGGCUUGCCUCCUCACCUGCAGCAGCCCCCCUCCCGGCUGGCGUGCGACAUCACCGCCGCAGCAGCUUGGGCUGGCUUGCCUCCUCACAUGCAGCAGCCCCCCUCCCGGCUGGCGUGCGACAUCACCGCCGCAUCAUCUUGGGCUGGCUUGCCUCCUCACCUGCAGCAGCCCCCCUCCCGGCUGGCGUGCGACAUCACCGCCGCAGCACCUUGGGCUGGCUUGCCUCCUCACCUGCAGCAGCCCCCCUCCCGGCUGGCGUGCGCCAUCACCGCCGCAGCACCUUGGGCUGGCUUGCCUCCUCACCUGCAGCAGCCCCCCUCCCGGCUGGCGUGCGACAUCACCGCCGCAGCACCUUGGGCUGGCUUGCCUCCUCACCUGCAGCAGCCCCCCUCCCGGCUGGCGUGCGACAUCACCGCCGCAGCACCUUGGGCUGGCUUGCCUCCUCACCUGCAGCAGCCCCCCUCCCGGCUGGCGUGCGACAUCACCGCCGCAGCACCUAGGGCUGGCUUGCCUCCUCACCUGCAGCAACCCCCCUCCCGGCUGGCGUGCAACAUCACCGCCGCAGCACCUUGGGCUGGCUUGCCUCCUCACCUGCAGCAGCCCCCCUCCCGGCUGGCGUGCGACGGCCCGUUCUCAGCUUCAUACUUCAGGGGUUGUGCACCAUUACAAACUUCUUAUGCUAAGGGGUUGUGUUAG